GGAUUUAACUUGCUAUACAGGCGUUAUAAUUAUACCCUGUUUAUACACGAGCUGAACUUUUUUUAUAAGAUUUGCUUUUACAUAUUAUUUGUACAGGAUGUCCCCGGAUGGUUUAAUAUUGUAUUUAUCGAAAAAUAAACGUAAACGGAAAACACGAAAGCUAUUGAAAUCGUCAGAUAUAGACGAUUUAAAGUUAACAGUAGAGGUUUAAUAUUCGAUCAUAUUAUGGAGAGAUUUUUUUUCAAACCGUUUUACAAUUUACACUGAUUUAUGAAUGGAUAUUUACAGUGCUAUGAACACUUGAAAAUACGGGGAGACACGAGCUGUUAUAUAACCUCCCGAGUUCGGCUGAUUUUAAUAUAUACGAGGUGCUGUCAACUAUAUAUGGUUUAAGUAAUGCAAGAACAAGUGGGCUCGAACAUUGGAUCAGCAUGAAACGGGUACAGAGGAUUGGCAGGACGGUGGUCCUUGUAGCGCUCCCGAUGAUCAUCAUCUUCACCUUGAUCAACAUGUAUCUAUUCACGUUCUUCCAACAUGGCCAUUCGGAGACGAUGGUCAUUCUCAACGAAAAAGUGUACAACAAAAAUAGUGACUCUAGUUCAAAGAAAAUACCUUCACUUCGUGAUAAAUACAGCGGGAGAGAUGAAUCCGCGAAUAUUAAUCAAGUAGAUGACGCGGAACAAGAACUAAGAAAAAAAUCUGGAAACGGAGACACGCAAUCACGUGACAAUAAAGAUGCUGAGUCAUUGAAAUAUGACGUAGUCAAAAUGGAGGAUGAAUCUAUAGAUAGAAUGAUUGAGAAAUUUAAAAUGGCCAAUGACAAGUAUUUUAUCCCAAACUAUUUUUGGAACAGCAGCCUUUAUGAUUUAACAAGACGCUUCGGUGCUACUGCAAGACGAAAUGCUAAAACUUUAUCUGGUUAUAACCGUUUAAAAAAGUAAGUUAAAUUUUUUGUAAGAACCCAUUUUAUAUU